UAACCCCCGAAGGCCGGUCGGCAGUGUCGCCACCCCUGCACUCCUACAGGAUGAGUUCCCACGAAAUCCUGAAUGAGGUGCCACUGAAGCUCAAGGUACUGGUACGAGUUAUUGCGAGGGCGUUCUACCAGCCUCAGCAGAUUGUGGUGCUGGACAUCCUCGCCAAAUAUCCAUGCGUGACUGAGGGAGAUUUGCUGGAUGUGCUCAAGUUGCACGGAGCCCAGAAGCAAUUGAGACAAGUGCUUAACUCACUCAAGAAAGACAAGUUGAUCAGAAGUCUCCAGAAGAUGGAGAAUGAAGAAGGGGAGACUCGAGCUGAUGGCCAGAAACUGAUGAGAAUGACUCACUACUAUUUCAUCAACUACAAGCAGUUUGUCAAUGUCGUCAAGUACCGCCUCGACCACAUGCGAAGGAAAUUAGAAAUGGAGGAAAAGAACAGUAAGAGUCACACAUCGUACAAGUGUCCCCAUUGUGCCCAGACCUUCUCAGACCUGGAUGUGGACAGACUCAUUGACCACACCACUGGAUCACUCAAUUGCAGUCACUGUGGAUGUGCUCUUGAGGAGGAGGAACCAGAGGAUGCAGGGGCAGACUCCAGACAACUCAUGUCACAGUUGAAUGCUCAGCUGCGGCCAAUCCUGGACCUGCUGCGUGAGGUGGAGAACAUCAACCUCUCCCCCGAGAUCCUGGAGCCUGAGCUACACUCCAUACAACAGCAUUUGCAGUCCUGUGGAGUCGUGUCCGGCAAAUCAGGAGGCAAGAACCAGGAACUGGGCUGGAACUCCAAGCAGGCUGUGGACCUGUAUGGAGGAGACCAGACCAUCAGUGUAAGUAUUGGCAGUGAGCAGGAACUCAAGAAGAAGCAGAAAGCUGCUGCGAAGGAUGUUCCUGAGUGGAUGAAGUACAGUACAGUCCAUCCAUCAGGAGACCAUGCCCAAGACCCUGCCUCCACUGACCAGCUCUCAGACACUGUCAAAACUGAUGCUCCGUCUUCUGCACUCCUACCUGACCAGCAGAUCAUGAACGAGUUGUUGCUCCACGAAGCUGGACUGGGAGCCUUGCCUGGAGGACUGGGUGGAGCUGGACCCUCCACUGCCUCCUCCUCCUCCAAGUCCCCCACUCCUGGUGGAGAACUGCACAGAGAGAGCAGCAGCAGUGAGGGGGAGGAGGAGGAGAAAGGAGGGUGGGCCCCAGCUCAAGCCAUCCCAGAAAACUCUGGAGAUGAAUCUUCUGAUGAAGAGUUUACCAUGAAGGUUGGUGGGCGAGAGGUAGCCCUGAAUGAGGUGACGGAUGAGAUGGUGGCAAACAUGACAGCAGAGGAGAGGCAGACCUACACCACUCUCUGCCAGCAAGCUAUGAGCCAGCUUUACUAACUCCCUGUCUGGUGAACAAUUCAGUGCAGCUCUCUCCCUUUUAUCCUCUUUGUAUUACGUGGUCAAAGCUAAUAUUCUCCAUUUAUUUACGCAUUCUCAAAUUAACUUUAAAACAUCCUC